AUGCCGGAGUUCCUUGUUUGGGAAGAGCCGCGGCUAACAGCCAGCGGCUUUGUGACAACCUUUGUGCUGUCAGUCGGUUCAAAGAGUCGUUGGGUGUGCCGACGACAAGAUGAGGCCGAGCUUCGACGCCUGAAGGAGUUGUGCGAAAAGUCCGGGCUUGAAACAAUUCCCAAGUCGAAAGAGCUGGUGAAAGGCGCAAAGGCAGAAAAGAAAGACACCAGUGCACAGGCAGAUGGCUCCAAGCAAGACAGUGCUAAGGCAGAACAGCAAGACACCACUCAUCAACUCCCAACGAUAAAAUACUCCGGCAAUUGGCUUGACUCAAGUUCAUUGCAAGGGGCCCGCACAGGUAAAGGAUUGAAGCUGCGAAUUGGCUUGGCAAUGGAAAUGGCACCUAAGUGCGAAUGGCUGAGAGCGUAGUGGCCAUCCAAUUACGUUUAUCAUCAAUCAGCAACAGCAUCAUUCUCAGCUACCCCUUGGCCGCAGUCCUCGUCCUGCUCCAGCAAGUUCCCAGGGCAUCCGGUCAAAGCUUUCAUAUAAGCAUCCAUUCCAGAUGCUCAGGAAGCAAUCUUUCCAAUUCCCUUGCGCAUGGACUCCUCGACUUGAAUUUCAGCCCUUCGGUUCAAGCUCCGUAGAUUUUGCAACAGUGCUUCUCAUCCUCGAGAGCAUCAAAGAUCAAGAUAGAUUGAUCAUUGCGAAUCUCCAGCAAGUGCUCCAGCAUGCUCUCCGAGGCAUGCACAUUGCGAUAUUCUCCGCUGUUGAAUGCCAGUUCCCUGGCAUUAUCUAAGAUAGUUUUUUAAUCAAAUAAAGCAUAUCCCUGUAUCUUAGUCUUGGUCUAUUGAAAUGAUAGUUUCCUGAGAAUGUACGUAGCCUACAAUUCACACACCCACGCCAAAAAAACUAGUCGGAUCCUCAAUGACCGGUAGGGUUACUAUUCUCC